AUGUCUCAGGAGGAAGAAGCACUGCGUGCAACCCCAACAACGCGUUUCUCUUUCAAUUCCCAAUUUGAUCGCCAAAUAAAUCCCACAGCGCUCGUUUCUUUCCCACUCCAUGAGAAUUUUUCGCUUCUUCUGCCCCUUCUUUGUAUUCUUCUUCACUCCAAUAGGUACUUCAAUGCUUUCUUUAUCUAUACUAAUUUUGUUCAUGGACGACCAAUUAAUGUUAGGUCUAUAGAAGUUCCUGCUUUCGUGCAAGCGUUCACCGGUACCUAUGGUAUAAAUUAUGGGAAGAUUGCAAAUAAUAUUCCUUCACCUGAUGAAGUUGUUACUCUUCUCAGAGCAGCAAAAAUAAGGAACGUGAGAAUCUAUGAUGCUGAUCACAGUGUUCUCCGGGCAUUUAGUGGAACUGGGCUUGAAAUUGUAGUGGGGCUUCCCAAUGGGCAGCUGCAAAAUAUGAGUUCAAAUGCAGACCAUGCUUUGAGCUGGGUAAAAGAAAAUGUACAGUCAUUUCUUCCUGACACACGGAUUCGUGGAAUUGCUGUAGGCAAUGAAGUUUUGGGUGGGGACGACUUUUCGCUAUGGGGAGUUCUAUUGGGUGCUGUUAAAAAUAUUUACAAUGCUACCAAGAAGCUUCAUCUGGAUCAACUGGUUCAGAUUUCUACUGCAAACUCAUUUGCGGUUUUUAUGAAUUCCUACCCUCCCUCCUCAUGUAAAUUUAAUGAUAAUGUUAGUCAGUAUAUGAAUCCACUACUGGAGUUCUUCCAACAGAUUGGCUCUCCAUUCUGUUUGAACGCUUACCCUUUCUUAGCCUACGCAAGUGACCCUGAACAUAUUGAUAUAAAUUAUGCACUUUUUGAACCUACAAAGGGAAUUUAUGAUCCAACAUAUCGUCUGCAUUAUGAUAACAUGCUCGAUGCUCAGAUUGAUGCAGCCUAUGCAGCUUUGGAGAAUGCUGGAUUUCAGAAAAUGGAAGUUAUAGUUACUGAAACUGGCUGGGCCUCAAAUGGAGAUCAAAGUGAAGCUGGAGCGAAUGUAACAAAUGCAAGGACAUAUAAUUAUAACCUGCGUAAAAGGCUUGCGAAGAGGAAAGGAACCCCACAUAGGCCUAAAAAUGUUGUGAAGGCAUACAUUUUUGCAUUGUUCAAUGAGAAUGAGAAGCCCGGGCAUUUAUCUGAGAAGAACUAUGGACUGUUUAAGGCUGAUGGGAGUAUAUCAUAUGACAUUGGUUUUCAUGGAGUUAAUGCGGGGCAGUCAUCUCUUUUGUCUCUCAAGAAUAUCUAUACUCAAGGUUUGUCCUGGUCCUACACGAUGGUAUUCUCUUUAUCCUCUUUGAUACUGCUGAUUUUGUGGAGUUAA